UUCUAGGUAAUUAAACACAAGUCUGCUUGCAGGGAAAGAUGGAUGAUAAAGUGUUUCUGGUUUUUCUUUUAGUUAUCAAUGGAUUAGCUUUGAUUAACUGUUCUACGAUAGUUCAAAGACCUAACGCUGAGGAUUUUAUACACGAUAGCGAAACGGAGAGUGCAGAUACAGAGAAAGUAACUAAAAAUAAGAAUACAAAAAGACAGUUUGUGUUUUAUCCACACGGCGAAGGAUACGGGCAUCAUCACCGCCACCACCAUGAUUAUCACGAAGGGUUCUUUGAUGGAGGGGAACAUAUGAGCAUGCAUGGGGAUCAGUAUGCAGACCAUGGGGGCAUGGAUGAUUACGAAGAGCCCCACGAGUAUGAACACGUUCAUCAUCAGUAUAAACAUAUUCACCAUGUCAUUCAUGGCCGUUGUGACCCCAGCCCGUGUCUCAAUGGUGGUACAUGCACAAUAUUGGCACAUGGCUACGAAUGCACCUGUCCUAUUGGAUACCUCGGCAUGCAUUGCGAAACUCGAAGCCAAUGUGAGCCCAAUCCUUGCCGCAACGGAGGCACAUGCUAUGACGUCGGUGGCAGCUUUGAAUGUGUCUGUAUGACUGGUUUCAAAGGCCAGCGAUGCGAAGAGGAGAACAAAUGCCACCCCAACCCAUGCAAGAACGGUGGAAUGUGCACAGAGACCGAAGAAGGCUUUGAGUGCUCGUGCAAAGAAGGCUUCAAAGGCAAAAUAUGUGAAGAGACAAACCAAUGCAGCCCUAAUCCAUGCAAAAAUGGAGGAACAUGUACCGAAAGGAACGGAAAGUACGAAUGCACGUGUACAAUUGGAUUCAAAGGACUCACAUGUGAAGCAAGAAGUAGCUGCUCGUCUAAUCCAUGUCUUAAUGGAGGAACGUGCAAUGAAGAGAACAUAGGCUAUAGCUGUACCUGCAGAGCUGGAUACAAGAACGUCAAUUGCCAAGAUCAUGUUUGUCACCCAAAUCCUUGUGCCAAUGGAGGAAUCUGCUAUGUUAAGAAUGGUGCUCCUUAUUGUGCUUGCCAAGAUGGUUUUGUCGGAGACAAGUGCCAAAUGGCUAGCCCUUGCGCUGCGCAGCCUUGCCAAAAUGGUGGAACAUGCCAUGAGUAUUACAACACCCAGACCGGAAGUGCAUCCAUUAGCAAUGUUGUUAGUGGAGCAGUACCGUUGUAUCAUUGCACAUGUGUCGAAGGUUUUACAGGAAAGAAUUGUGAAGAUGAUGCAUGUAGAGAAUGUGAUCCACAUGCAAUUUGUGAAAAGGGCAAAUGCUAUUGCAAGGAAGGAUAUACUGGCGAUGGGAAAUCAUGUGAAAAAAAGAGCAUGUGCAAACCAAAUCCUUGCCAAAAUGGCGGAACAUGUAAGGAUGUCCAGGGAUCUUAUGACUGCACAUGUACCACUGGCUGGACUGGUGAAAACUGUCAAGAUAAGAAAUACUGCGAGCCGAAUCCAUGCAAAAAUAGUGGAAAGUGUAUCACUAUUUCUGGAGGAUAUAGAUGCAUAUGUGAAAAAUUCAAGGGGGUCAAUUGUGAAAAACCUGACCCAUGUGAUCCCAAUCCUUGUCAACAUAACGGCAAAUGCACAGAUGUUGGCGGUCAGGCAUCCUGUGAGUGCACUGAUCCCCGAUAUACUGGCGAUAAAUGUCAAGUCGACGGUUGCGGAGAUUGUAGCCCGUUCGCUGACUGCCUAAAUGGCAAAUGCGUUUGCAAGACAGGGUACACAGGAAAUGGCAAACUUUGUCAGUCUGACAGCAACCAAGGCGGUGAUCCCUGCACAGACCAUCAAUGCAUGAAUGGAGGUACAUGUGUCCCGUCUGGAGCUUCUUACGUUUGCAAAUGUCCACCUGGAUUCCAGGGGAAAUACUGUCAAGAUGUAGUCAACGGUGGUGCUGGCGACCCGUGUUCCUCGAAUCCAUGUCAAAAUGGUGGAACUUGCACGACCGUUGGCGGUGCAUACAAAUGCAUUUGCCCAGCCGGAUUUCAAGGGCCUACUUGCAGUGACAGGAGUGGAGGUGGUUCUCCUGACAAAGGUGAUCCAUGUCACCCAAAUCCUUGCCUAAAUGGUGGAACAUGUAAACAGAAUGGAAACGGAUAUGAUUGCCUGUGCGAGGUUCAGUUCACGGGAAGUGUCUGCGAAGUUGACAAAUGCUCAAAAUGCGAUGUUCAUGCAAAAUGUAUCAAUGGGCACUGUAAAUGUCGCACUGGUUACAUUGGAAAUGGCUAUGAGUGUGUGAAAAAAGAUACCGAGUGUGGAGGACAGAAGUGUGGUCAGUACGCUGUUUGUGAGACAAAUGUUUGCACAUGCAAUCCUGGUUUUGUUGGCAAUGGAGUUCAGUGCACACCCACCCCUGCACCAGCUCCUCCACCGCCGCCACCUCCACCACCACCACCGCCGCCUCCUCCAACAGUUGCAGUUCCAGCAAUGGACUGUGGCUAUUGCGAAGCUCCAAAGAGAUGCAUAAAUGGACUUUGUGUUCGAAUGGAUCCUUAUAAAAGAUCGAUACAAAAACGAAACGUCUAAUCGGAACUGAAUCUUCGAACAUACUUGCGUAAGCUUCUCCUUCGUAAGCUGCAGCCAAAGGCAUCUUUGACACUGUUUUUUAAAGAAGCUACUGUUCUGCAAGAUCACAUGGUUUAGCAUUUUAAUUCCACUAGCAUUUACUUUUGUGCCUAAGAAGUAGCAGCAAAAGUAGACAAAGAAAUUGCCAAAUAGCAAUAUUUAUAAAUUGUUAGCUGCUGUCGUCUUUAGUGGUGAUAAUCUUUACAAAAAAGGCAGAAGAAUAAUAGGUUGAGAGGAAGCUUAACCUUUAAUCGUUGUCAUUUGAGUACCCUUUUUGUGAUGCAGUGCAUAAAUCUACUUGUGUAGUUAGUUUUCUUAGGUUUGUAACCAGAUAUAUAACCUCUAUGUAAUAUGAAAUAAAAAUUAUUUUCUACUUUUCGAAUCAUAUAGAAAUACAUUUGGCUUUUAUUCUGUAAGAAACAUCAUUACCAUUAAAUACGAAUAUUUGUUUCAAAAUCAGUAUAGAUUGAAUAUAAAUUCGUUAAAGAGUUUUUAAAAGCUAUACCUCGUAAUUAUUAGUCUUUGCAUAAUGCAGCGAGAACAAGUUACUUUUAAAAUGAUAAAUAUUGUGCAAAAUGUAUAUGUAAACGCACGCGUUAAAAUUGUCAAUGAAAAUUGGAAGUAAA